AGCGUCCCCCUUCCCUUCCUCGCUGGAAAACGCCACAUCUGACAGGGAGAGAGACGGACAACAACCGUAGCGCAGUGCGAACACCGACGUCGAGAUGCUGGCUCUCAUAAACCGGUUACUGGACUGGUUCAAGUCUCUGUUUUGGAAGGAGGAGAUGGAGCUGACGCUGGUCGGCCUCCAGUACUCGGGGAAAACAACAUUUGUAAACGUGAUCGCCUCUGGGCAUUUCAGUGAAGACAUGAUCCCUACAGUCGGCUUUAACAUGAGGAAGGUCGCCAAAGGAAAUGUCACCAUCAAGAUUUGGGAUAUUGGAGGGCAGCCCAGGUUCAGGAGCAUGUGGGAGCGAUACUGUCGGGGAGUUAAUGCAAUUGUGUACAUGGUUGAUGCAGCAGAUCGAGAAAAGGUGGAGGCAUCGAGAAAUGAGCUUCAUAAUUUAUUAGACAAACCUCAAUUGCAAGGAAUUCCCGUCUUGGUACUCGGCAACAAAAGGGACCUUCCCAGUGCUCUAGAUGAAAAGCAGCUCAUUGAGAAGAUGAAUCUGGCAGCUAUUCAGGACAGAGAGAUAUGCUGCUAUUCCAUUUCCUGCAAAGAGAAAGACAACAUUGACAUCACGCUUCAGUGGCUCAUCCAGCACUCGAAAUCCCGGAGGAGCUGAAAAUUCCAGGUUUUGUUCGCCAGCUGUGUUCGCCAUGUUACGGUCAUGCCACACCCUCGUCGCUCUGAUGUACAGUUAUGUCUUCAGGUCACGCGCUGCACUGUUCUGCUUGUGUCGUAGAAAUUCUUUUCUCACUUUCACACACACCAUGAUUGUUCUUUUUCCUAUCGAACCCUGAUAAUGCACUACUUAAAUGAAAACCUGGUACCAAAUUUGAGCAUUAUAAUUGGGAUCAUACUUAAGGUGAAGCUGUAAUUUAUCUUGGAGUUAGAACCUAAAUUCUGAUUCACCUUUUACUCCUCAGGCAUUACUCACUUAUCAUACCCAGAGGUUGAUAACACUAUUCUUGGGUCUAGAACAACACACUCUUGACCGGUUAAUUCCAUCAAACAGGCCUCACAAACUGAGAAGUUCUUCAUCACACAGUGUGAUUAUCAUGUCAGGAGAUGGCUGAUGUGGACAUACUCUCAAGCUCUACUCUCACGAUUGUCACUUUAAGCUUGAUCUCGUUUUCUUCUUCCAACGUCGCCUCUGUCAUUUUAGAAAACUGUGCAUUGACGCAACGUCAGUUUGAGCAGGUCUGUACAAAAUACCAAGCUAAUAUGAUUUUUACUGAUGUGCGUGUAUGAAUAUCUGAUUCUAUUUAAAGACUGAAUGUACUAAAAGUAAAAGCUGUAUGGAGUUGUGUGGUUCAUGCGGGCCUCUGUUUGUAAGUAGCCUCAGUGCAACGAUGAUGUCCUUUGUGCUGCCUCGAUGCUGACAGAGUGGCAGAAUUAAAGUGCCUUGUGCAGCGUCUCUCUCACCUCUGUGGCAAAAGCAGCAUGCAAGGUGUGCCGAACCAGGAAAGAGUGAAAAUACACCACUUCAAUACAUUCAAGAAAUAAAAAGGCAUGCUUUUUAAUUUA